UAACCCCCAACAGAAACAAACAUCCCUAAUGUCUUAAAAUUCUGUUGAUCUCAUAAAUACACUUUUAGUAUGAGCCCCACUUCCCUAACACCAUUUCACUCAACAAACGAACCAAACUCCUUCAUUUCUCCAACCAUUUAAUCAAGAUUCUACUGAAGUACUACAUCACAUGGAGGAUACACACAAGAUCAUGCUAAUGGUGGCAUUAUCAUCAUCAACUUUUGCAUUGUUCAUCACUGUCACCUUGAUUUGCAUAUGCAGAAGAACAUGGUGUUCAAGAAAUGAAUCAUGGGAUGAAGAAUCAAGCUUUGAAGUUGCAGAAAUGGAGAUGAUGAAGGAGGAGGAGUUGAUAAGGUUUGAAGGUGGUGAAGAUCUCACUUGUUUUGAUGUGUUAGAUGCUCCUGGUGAAGUGAUUGGUAAAUCAAGUUAUGGAACUUUGUAUAGGGCUAAUUUGAUUAGAAGUAAUACAUUUGUGGUGUUGAGAUUCUUGAGGCCAGCUUGUACUGGGAAGGUACAAGAUGUUAUGCAUGCAGUACAACUUCUGGGGUCUGUUAGGCAUCCUAACUUGGUUCCUCUUUGUGGGUUUUAUGUUGGUACUAGAGGUGAAAAGCUUUUGGUUCAUCCUUUUUACAGGAGAGGGAAUCUUGCAGAAUUCAUUAGAGAUGGAAAUAGUGAGUUUCAGAAAUGGAGUGUAAUUUUAAGGAUAUCAACUGGCAUUGCUAGAGGAUUAAAUCAUCUUCAUACAAGCCUUCAAGAGCCAAUCAUCCAUGGAAAUCUAAAAUCAAAAAACAUACUUUUAGGCCGAAACCAUAUGCCAUUUGUGUCUGAUUUCGGUCUAUAUAUGCUCUUAAAUCCAUCUACGAUUCAAGAAAUGAUCGAAGAUGCUGCAGUUGAAGGUUACAAACCACCCGAGUUGAUUAAAACAAAUGAUACAAGUGUUGAAACCGAUAUCUUCAAUUUUGGAGUGAUCUUACUCGAACUACUUACGGGUAAAGAAGCAAAUCAGAAACCUAGCCCUAAGCAAGAUUGUAGAUCUAACUCAAUCUUGGAUCAUCGUAUAUUUGGACCGGUUCAUGAAGAAGACAUUUUGAAACUGUAUCAUCUUGCAAUAGCUUGUUGUUCGCCAUUGCCUUCUUUUAGGCCCGACAUAAAACACAUUUGCAAGAAGCUACAAGAAAUCGGAUCGUGAAGACCAAAAUCUUGAUCGCGAUUGUGUUAACCGUUAAGAUGAUAUUUCUAGAAGCAAGGUUAAGCUUAAUCAAUACUGUUUUAUUCUUUGAUUCUUGAUAAUGAAAUGGUAGCUAAUACUGUAUUCGUGUCAUUUGAAAUGAUGCUUUAGGGUUGUUUGUUUAGAUUAAAAGUUAUGAACUUAUAAUACCUUUUAGCUGUA